UCUGGUGAACCACCACGAAUGGUCUAUAAGCAUAGUAACCCCUCUUCCCGCUCUCUCUCGGACGACGAUGAAGACGAGCACAACACCUCCGUCAUAGAGGAGGACGACAGCGACACCCUUGUCUUGUCGCCGGCCCAAUGGUCCCACACAAAGCGACUCUCCCUUCUACCCCCUGCUACCACCCUCAGCCCCAUAUCUCGCAUUCCUCCAGAACUCCUCAUCCACAUUCUCAAACACCUCCAUGCAGUAAAAGACCUUCAUACUGCUCUCCAAGUCAGUCGGACUUGGUGUGAGUGCUCCGUGGAGCUACUUUGGCAUAAACCAGCUUUCCCAAAGUACGACACCCUCGUAAAAAUGGCGGCUCUCCUCGACUCUCCGGACCAGACAUUCACCUACGCCAGUUUCAUCCGCAGACUCAACUUCCUAUCCCUUGGAAAAGAGCUUCGUGACCGUACCUUCAAUGUCCUUGCUCGCUGCGACCGUUUGGAGCGGCUUACGCUUGUAAACUGCGAACAUGUGUCGGCAGAUGCAUUAAGUCAAGUCUUGCCAUGCUUCACCCACCUCGUUGCCAUCGAUCUCACGGGCGUGGGCAAUACGUCCAACACUGCGAUCGUUGGCCUCGCCUCUUCGGCACAGCGUCUACAAGGGAUCAAUCUGGCGGGUUGCAAACGCGUGUCAGACAGAGGAGUCCUGGCCCUUGCUAACAACUGUCCCCUUCUUCGCCGAGUCAAAUUAAGUGGCCUAGAAGACCUUACAGACCGGGCCGUUUCCGCGCUCGCCAUCUCUUGCCCCCUUCUUCUCGAAAUAGACCUCAACCACUGCAAACUUGUCACCGAUGUUUCCAUACGGGACAUUUGGAUCCAUUCAAACCAUAUGCGCGAAAUGCGGCUAUCCCAUUGCCCUGAGCUGACUGACGCAGCAUUCCCCGCUCCAAUCAAACUAGAAACUGCUGAGGCUCCUAAUCCAUUCCCCAAUACGGUUGUUUCCUCCGACCUGCCUCCGCUCGUAAUCAACAAAACAUUUGAGCACCUUCGGAUGCUUGACCUGACUGCUUGCUCUCAGGUCACGGACGAUGCCGUUGAUGGCAUCAUCUCACACGCUCCUCGCAUUCGUAAUCUGGUGCUUUCCAAAUGUGGGCAGUUGACCGACCGCAGCGUUGAAAACAUAUGCAAACUAGGACGGUACCUUCACUAUCUCCAUCUCGGCCAUGCCGCCAAAAUCACGGAUCGCUCUGUUCGCACCCUAGCCCGCUCUUGUACCCGACUGAGAUACGUUGAUUUCGCAAACUGCAUUCUCUUGACUGAUAUGUCGGUCUUUGAGUUGUCCGCGCUCCCUAAACUUCGCCGCGUUGGCUUAGUACGCGUGAGCAAUCUCACAGAUGAGGCAAUUUUCGCUCUUGCAGACCGACAUGCGACUCUCGAACGGAUACAUCUGUCUUAUUGCGAUCAAAUCUCGGUCAUGGCCGUCCAUUUCUUGUUGCAAAAGCUGCACAAGUUGACACAUUUGAGCUUGACCGGCGUACCUGCUUUCCGGCAACCUGAACUCCAACGAUUCUGCCGUGAACCGCCCCAUGAAUUUAGCACCACUCAGCAAAUGGCAUUUUGCGUUUAUUCUGGGAAGGGAGUUUCCCAACUCCGUGGCUUUUUGACAGAAUUGUUUGAUCAUUUGACGGAAAUGAAUGCCACAGACGACACUGAAGAAGAGGAGGAAGAGAUGAUGGAUGCUGAAGCUUAUCGUGAAGAGGAUACGCCUGAGCCUGAACCCGAAGAAAUCGAAGAAGAUGACGAGUUCGGAUCACGUAGGAUGUUCCUUCAUCUUCAGCAACUGGCUUCUGUCCGUGGUGGAAACAGGUUGCCAACCAAUCCCCCGCCACCAGUACAACCAUCUUUUUCACAAAGGCAACGUCAAUCGAGAACCCCUACGGCUACACCAAUAGCUGAUGCCCAUAUUACGCCACGGAGUUCGAAUCGCAGUCAACAAGAACCAGGACCGUCCCGCAUUGUUCGCCAGAAUGCUCGCAGCGGAGUUGCAGAUAUGUUACCCAUUGUAGAGACGUCAAGAUCACCAGCUCCCAGUGAAGGCAGUGGUCGGACUAACGGGGCAGGCUUCUUCCGAACCUACCAGGAGCCUGUCUCCCCACAGGGGACUGGAGCAUUGACGCCUGAUCUUAAUUACGCAGAGAUCGGUCAUGGCCGUGGCGCACAAAAUGCCAGAAGAGAAGGGCGACGGCCACCUCUCGUCGAGGUGGACUCGGUGCCUUCCUCUUCAUACCCUUCAUCAUCAACCACAACGACGUUGGCGGGCUCUUCGAGUAGUGUUGCAUGGCCCUACCGUGAACCAUCCUCUCCAACAACUCGCGAGCUGCACGACUCAGUCCAAUCUGCUUUGGGUAGUGAAGCAACUAGGCCAGACCAUCGCGGAAGAAGUGUGAAGCGCAGCCUACGCAAUACGCUUAACGCAGCAGAGCAAUAUGCCUCGUCGCUCAUCUUUGGUCGACGCUCCCCACCCACAGAGGAUUAG